UGGGAGGGGUCAAACGUCUGCUAUUGUGUUUUCCCGCCCCGCGCGUCACCGGCUGUCUGUGUGAUGGAUCUCAGCUAUGGAUGCUUACAUCAGCUGCCCGAGGCUCUGACAGAGGGAAGCUGGCUGGUUUGAAGCAGUUGCAGAUAUGGUGAGGUUGAGUGUGAUGGCGGAGCUGCAAGCCUUCCAGAAGCCUCUCCAGGGUAACUCCCUGUCUAUGGGUCACGUAGGGCAGAGCUGUGGGGCAACUGAGGAGAAUGAGAUCCCCACAGAGGACAGGCGGCACCUUUCCCAGGGCCCAUCAGAUUUUGAGAAAAGCCAGCCAGUGAAUAUCCCAGACGCAGCUAAAAGAAAGAAGAAGAAAAGAACUAGGGCAACAGACAGCUUCACUGGCACUUUUGAUGACCUGUACAAGCUGACAGAUGAGGUUCUUGGUCAGGGGGCAUAUGCUAAAGUUCAAGGAUGCAUAAGUCUACAGAACGGACAGGAGUUUGCUGUGAAGAUGAUAGAGAAAAGUGCCGGUCACAGCCGCAGCCGCGUCUUUCGAGAAGUGGAGACACUCUACCAGUGUCAGGGGAACAAGAAUAUUUUGGAACUGAUCCAGUUCUUUGAAGAUAGCUCAUGCUUCUAUUUGGUAUUUGAAAAGCUCCGUGGAGGCUCCAUCCUCACACACAUCCAGAAUCGAAAGCACUUCGAUGAGCUGGAGGCCAGUAAGGUCGUCAGGGAUAUUGCCCAAGCACUUGACUUCUUACACACUAAAGGCAUUGCCCACAGAGACCUUAAGCUGGAGAACAUUCUUUGUGAAUACACUGAUCAGGUGUCGCCAGUGAAGAUCUGUGAUUUUGACUUGGGAAGCGGAGUGAAGCUCAGCAGUGCCUGUACACCCAUAACGACUCCAGAGCUCACCACACCGUGUGGCUCAGCUGAGUACAUGGCUCCAGAAGUAGUGGAGGUCUUUACUGAUGAAGCCUCCUUCUACGACAAGCGCUGUGACCUCUGGAGCCUCGGGGUCAUCCUCUACAUCCUGCUGAGCGGCAGCCCCCCCUUCACAGGCCACUGCGGCACCGACUGUGGUUGGGACCGGGGUGAAACCUGCAGAACCUGCCAGAGUAACCUGUUUGAGAGCAUCCAGCAGGGCAAGUAUGAGUUUCCAGACAAGGACUGGUCUCACAUCACAGCGGGGGCCAAGGAUCUCAUAUCCAAGCUGCUGGUUCGGGACGCCAUGCUUCGCCUCAGUGCUGCUCAGGUCCUAAAGCACCCUUGGGUGCAGGGGAAUGCUCCAGAGAGAGGUCUUCCAACCCCUCAUGUUUUACAGAGGAACAGCAGCACCAAAGACCUGACCCAGUUCGCAGCAGAAGCCAUCGCCUUCAACCGGCAGCUAUCCCAGCACGACGAGCAGCAGCAGGAGGACGUCGGAGGGAUCGUUUGCUCCAUGAGGCUUUCUCCUCCUUCCAACUCCAGACUGGCUCGUAGACGGGCGCAGUCCAAUGCUCUGCGUACCAGUGACUUCGAACCCGCCUCGGACGACCUUGCUGCCUGAAGCACCAGUGUUACACCCCCCCUUUGUGAUGUUCUCAGACUGAUUUCAGCCUCUGCUUUCUCCUCCUGUGUGCAUGUGUGAGUGAGUGUGUGUUUCACUGGGAGACUUCUAGGAGGAGGUACAUGCAAUUAGAAGUGACUGUUCAUGGUGUUAAAGCUCUUCCUCUUGGCCAGUAAUCUUAUCAGCACUCAGAGUUUGAGCAGUAAGGGAACAGUUCAUCCUCAGCUACCACCUCAGAGUUACAAACCUAGUUGGACCUCCUGAGAUUUGCUCAGGUUUCAUUUUAAGCUGCCUAGAUUUCAAACAAGGAAAUAUUUAUUUGAACAUAUCUUUAGUUUUAGAAAUUUACACAUAAUCUCCACAGAUUUAUUUAUGAUCAACAAGGAACAGCUGACUAUAGGCUCUUAAUGCCAGCGUUUUAUACAUUGCCAUAUCCAGUACAUAGGUCCAGCACAGUUGUGCGGCUGCUGCUCUCCUAAUGCAACAUUAUAUACAUUUAAUAGCUUUUAUUUGCCUUGUUGUCCAACUGUGAAUUAAUUGAUGUGAUAUUUAAAUGCUACUAACUGCUUCUCAGUCACUGGAGGAAAGGGAUUUUAUUUUUUAAGCCAGUACUUGUAUGCGAUCUGGAGUGUGUGUGUGCGAGUGCGAGUGUGUAUGUGGUUAAGAUAAAAAAUUAACACUUGGAGGAGACGAUGGCGUUUUCUCCGUUCUUACCUGCAUUUUUAAGUAAUUCUGUUCUAGCCUUGCGAUUUAAAGUGUGCAUGAAUCUGAUUAGUGAAAACCCUUAGAUCAGAUAUUUUUGUAUUUAUUUUUGAUCUCCAGCUUUCACAUUAACACAAGCUACCUGUAGCACUGAUGUACUUUAAAGUAUUUAGUUCAAAGGGAGAACAUUGAAUCAGUUUGGUCAUGCGCAUACAACACCUACAACAAUAACUAUCUUCAAAGAGGUGUUAACAACCUUUUCUCCUCGGUAGAGUCCAACUAUACCUCAGACUCUUAUUUGCACCACGUCUUUGUGUUUGUACUGUAAACAAAUGCAUCAUCCCAAAAAGACUUAGGAGUCCUAUUGAUUUGAUGUGAUUUUGGUCCGAAUGACUUGAAAUGGGAGAAUUUCAUCUGUGUUUGAUGGUAUGUACCGUAUAGCUAAUACGACUUAAAGGAGGUUUUGUGCGUAGUUGAUGUUAAGAUUGAAUUCUAUACUGAGGUUGAAGGGAAUUAUUUUUAUAAAUAGUUGAAAGUAUUUGUAUAUUGUUCAGUUUUGUAUUGUGGGUUCUGUGAAUGUGUCGUUGAAAGAAUGAUGGACAAACCGAGACUUCACCAUCUUUGAUUUUCUUCGGUCCAUCAAGUUGCAGUAAUUUACUGUCUGAUUUAGAUCCAUCCCCAUUUUUUUAAAUAUAAAAAAUAUAGUCUUACUUUUUUAUUUGUUUCAUUACUUAAGGACCCUAUCUGUGUUUGAAUGGACUCACAACGGCCAUCUAUCAUUUCUAUUUCCCCCGAACUGUUACUUUUAUGUGUUGCCCUCUAAACGACAUGCCCCCAGAUUUCACACUGUUGCCAUGGACACCCCAUCCCUAUAGCAACUAAGGGCCUUUAUUGGCUGGCAGGAAUUGACAUGAGAUUUGCUCAGAGGGAAAACACACAUGAGGAAACAACCACUUGCUGCAUUAAAGCCCUCUCGCUCUCAUUAUGAGCCAUAAAAAGGGCUCGUUUGUUUCUCCACAUCAACCUGUAAUGGCAGCGAAUGAGAUCCAGUGGCCUAAUUGGUGUGCAAUUCUGAGUGGGAAGCUCAUAUGGGGUCCUGUUCAUGAAAGUCUCACUCACAUGCAGAUUUUCCCUGGUAUGCUGUGUUCUCAAUAAACAAAACAAAGAUCCUCUA